AUGUCUCAAUUCCAGGAUAUUUUCAGCGUCAGAAAGACUGGAAAGAAUACCUACAUUGCCAACCAUCCUCUCACGAAGGCUCAUCCUAGUGCUAAAGGAGUAUACGGCGGAAAUAUAGUUGGCCAGGCGGUGCUUGUAGCAAUAAAAAGUGCUCCAAAAGGAUUUACCCCACAUUCAGUACAUUCGUAUUUUGCAAAGAUCGUCAGUGAAAAGGCAUCCAUUGAAUGGGAAGUGGAUGAAAUAUCGAACGGCAACAACUUUUGUGGGAGAUGUAUCCGCGCAGUUCAAAAAGGAGAGACAAAGUUUACCGCUACAAUCUCGCUUGCAAGAAAAAAUUCAUUGCAAGUUGCGGAACUAGCAUACCAGCAAUAUGAAGAGAAAGAACGCCUCAAAAUCGAGAACAGAAAAAUAGCGAGGGCGAAUGGUAAGCUUCAAGAAAGUGAGGAAGUCGAAGAAGAAGAUGACGAACCUGUGAUUGACAAGCCUUUUCAGUUUCAGGUGCCAUACCCGGAAUGGUUGAAAGAGGUCAACAUCGAUGAUUUAUUGGUUGACCGUAGAACUUCUCUGCGGAUGAUAUACCACAAAAUCCCAACAAAGUUAGUUACUCUAAAGGGAUCCGAAGAGGAAGAUAACAUACCCGCUACAGAUAGAAGGGUAGCUUGGUUUGUGCGAUUAGGUCUUGGCGAUGUUGAAAUAACGGACUCCGCGUAUCAAUUUUCUGCACUUGCAGUUUUAUCAGACUCCAUGUUCCUGACAAGGAUUGCACGUGUAUUGAGGAUUCCUGACAUCGACCUCAGCGAUUAUGCUCAUUAUUUUUCGGUCUCGUUGGAUCAUACAAUAUUUUUUCACGACACGGACUUCGAUGCAACCGAGUGGAUGGGAUUCGCUUUCAAAGCCAUUCGAUACUCAAAUGGUAGAUUUUUGUUGGAAGCUCAGAUGUAUAAUUCCGCUAAGCAGCAUGUGGCAACUGUAUUCCAAGAAGGUCUUGCACAUUUUAACGGUAUUGAAAGGGAAGCAAAGAUUUAG